UUUAUGGCUCGUGCGUCACACAUAACAGAGGUUAAAAAAUGUUAUCCGCAACCACAACUGCAUUUGUUUCCAAGGUUCCGAUUGCUUUUCCUUCUCUUCCACCACCAAAUCCAAAUGUAAGUACGUGCGGAAUAAACAAUGAUGGGCAAACUGGUCUUCAAAGAGUCACUGCGUCUAAAACUAAUAGUCUCGGACUCAGACUAGUCACUAACUCGGUUUCUGGGGAUAGCAGUGCCUCAGUUGACGUUGAUGUGCCAUUCCCUAGUGAUUAUUUUGAGCUUCUUCAACAAGCCAGAAAAGCAACUGAAUUGGCUUUAAAGGAUAACAGACAGUUGAUGGAGAUUGAAUUUCCAACUGCCGGACUUGAAUCUGUACCAGGUGAUGGGGAAGGAGGAAUAGAAAUGACUGGAAGUAUGCAAUUGAUUCGUGAAUUUGUCAAUUUAACAGCAAAAAUUCCAAAACAUGUAUGUAUCAGUGCUUCCAAAUCUACUAUCUAA